CCCCCCCGGUUAUUAUUCAACCGAGUACAUUCUUUCCCGACUCAGUCAGUCAGUCACUCUUUGCUCCUCCGAGAAAGAAAAAGAAAAAGAAAAAGAAAAGAAAGAGAUUGUCUGUUCAGUCUUUCGACGUCAUUCAAAAUGCGUGUUUCCUCCGCUGCUGUCGUUGCCUCCCUGGCUGCCGGUGCCAUUGCUACCGAGUACAAGACCGUCACCGUCACGGAAUACACCACUUUCUGUCCCAAGGCCACCACGCUCGCUGUCGGCAGCGGAAGUGGCAGCGAGUCCAGCCCUGCCGCUGCUCAGCCCACCACCGUCACCAUCUCCGGCACCGCUUACACCUACUCCACUCCCCUGGUCACCUCUACCCUGACCCACUGUGACAAGUGCUCCGCCACUGCCGCCACUGCCGCUGCUGCCACCUCCACCGCCUCCGAGCCCAACGGUGUCGCUGCCAUCGGUACCGGUCCCUCCCCCACCGAGUCUGCCUCCUCCGGCUCUGGCUCCGGUGCCUCCUCCCCUAGCGGUGCCGCCGCCGGCUCCGGUGCUUCCCCCAGUGAAGCCUCCUCCGGCUCGGGCUCCGGUGCUGCUUCCCCCAGCGGUGCUGCCGCCGGCUCCGGUGCCUCCCCCAGCGGCGCUGCGGCCAUCGGCACUGGCGCCUCUCCCAGUGAGGGCUCCGGCUCCGGUUCCGGUACUGCUUCUCCCAGCGGCGCUGCCGCCGGUUCUGGCUCCUCCCCCAGCGGUGCCGCCGCUGUCGGCUCUGGAGCUUCCCCCAGCGAAACUUCCGGCUCUGGCGCUGGUGCCGCUGGCGCUUCCGCCGCUGCUUCCGCCGGACCCAGCGGAGCUGGUGCCAUUGGCACUGGUCCCUCCCCCAGCGGUUCCAAGGGCUCUGGCGAGGGUGCUGGUGCCGGUGCCAUCGGUGCCACCACCCCGGUCGUCUCCUCCUCCGCGACCCCCACUCCCUUCCACCCCUCUUCUCGUCCCCUGAUCUCCUCCUCCGCCCUGGCUAGCAAGCCCGCCUCCUCCAAGCCCGCUGCUGCCUCCAGCGCCGCCGCCGCUCCUUCCGGCGCUGCCGCCGCUGGCUCGUCUGCCAGCUCCUCCGGCUCUUCCAGCACCAACCCCGAGGGUGUCUCCCCUGUCCAGUCGGGCUCCGCCACCACCCCCUCUGCUCCCGUCUACACCGGUGCUGCUUCUCGCGCCGCUGUUGGCGCCGGUGCCGGGUUGGCUUCCGUCUUCGCUCUCGUCGCUUACCUCUUGUAAGUGACUUGAGUUCGAGCGAGCUUCGAGUCCAGGAUGCCCUUUUGACAAUGAGAAUUGGGUUUUGGGUUUAACAAUUUACCACCCGAGUACCUACCUCAACCUAUACUAGGUUGAUUUAGUUUCUUUUUUGGAUUUGGAUGUACCACGCGCAUGAAUGCUGCUGGUGGGACCGUGGUGGUAGUUGACGAUUUAAUUGGUGUUUCCUUUGUUGGUGUCGAGAUUUCACGACUGACAAAUAACCGUGCUUUAUACCUUUUUAUCUACUUCCUACCUUCUUGAUGCCUAUGUUUGUUCUUCGCUUUUUUUUUUUCUUGAAUCUUUUCCUUUUCUACUCUU